CCUCCUUCUCCAUGUGGGGGGGAGGGGCCGCACUACUCCUGGCUCCUCCCGCUAUGACGACAGCGGAAGCCCGAGCAACACAGAGAAAUCACCAGGAGGAGAUCGGGCAUUGCUCUGCCCUCCGCACAGCUGUGUGGGUCACUCCGGGACACGCCGAUCACCCUCCGAGUACAACGAUCUCCACCGAUCAUGUCUGCCGGCUGCUGUGCCCGACAGGUUGCCUGUUGCUGCGGCUCUGCAGCCUGUGCACUAUGCUGCACUUGCUGUCCGGGGAUCAAACAGUCUACAAGCACCCGCAUCAUGUACGCCUUGUUCUUCUUCCUUGUCACGGUCAUCUGUGCUGUGAUGAUGUCCCCAUCCGUGGCUAAAUUACUGGAAGAGCACAUUCCAUUUUAUGGAGAUAUAUGUCAGCAUCUGAAGGCUGGGGAGAACUGUGAGAAGCUGGUCGGAUAUUCGGCGGUGUACAGAGUGUGUUUUGGGAUGGCUUGUUUCUUCUUUAUACUCUUCGCUGUGACAAUAAACAUCAAAAACAGCAGAGGCUGCCGAGCUGCCGUCCACAAUGGAUUCUGGUUUGUCAAGUUUCUAAUUAUCAUAGCAAUGUGUUCCGGAGCCUUCUUCUUACCUGAUCAAGAUACGUUCCUUCUAGUGUGGCGCCAUAUUGGUGCACUAUUCGCCAUUAUUUUCUUGGUUAUACAACUCACGUUACUGGUGGAAUUUGCUCAUAAAUGGAAUAACAAUUGGCAUUCGGGAACGGCACAUAAUAAGCUGUGGUAUGGUGCGUUGGCGCUGGGGAUUCUGUUACUGUACACCAUUGCUGUGGGAGCCCUCGGCCUACUGUCAUGGUUCUACACCCAUCCUGAGCAUUGUCUCCUCAACAAAAUCAUGCUGGGUGUCAAUGGUGGCCUAUGCUUACUUUUGACACUUGUGUCCAUAUCACCGUGCGUACUUAAACAUAACCCACAGUCUGGAUUGCUGCAAUCGGGCAUGAUCAGCUGCUACGUCAUGUACCUGACCUUUUCUUCUUUGUCCAACAAGCCGCCAGAGACAAUUUUGGAUGAGGAUGGGAAGAACAUAACGAUCUGUGUGCCCAACAUUGGCAAUGGAAUAAACCAAGAUGAGCGGCUAGUGUCAGUGCUGGGUGCUGUCAUUAUGCUUGGUUGCAUUCUGUACUCCUGUCUUACUUCAACCACACGUUCAAGUUGGGAUGCUCUCAGGGGAAGAUAUGCUCCACCAGGGGAAGAGAUUGCACGUUGCUGCUUUUGUUUCGGCUCCAGCAGAGAUGGUGGCCAGGAAGGUCGAGUAGAGCUUCGAGGAGGACAAAAAGUGGCUUAUGAUGAAGAAGAGAAGACUUUGUACAGCUACGCCCGCUUCCACUUCAUCUUUUUCCUAGGCACAUUAUACAUGAUGAUGACGAUCACCAACUGGUUUCAUUACAACCAUGCUGAUAUAGAAAAGCUCUUUACCGGCAGCUGGUCCCCCUUCUGGGUUAAGAUGGGUUCCUGCUGGUUGUGCAUUGUGGUCUACUUUGGCUCUCUACUGCUCCCUAUUUGCUGCAACAGCGGAGGAUAUGUGGUGUAGAUGAACGGAACACUUUUAUCUGUUAUAAGAGGUUUUAUGAUCUGUUACAUCAUGUGUUACACAUUCUUAAUCCAGUUACAGAGGCUUGAUUGAGAACUUAUUUUUCAAAUACCAUUUUUAUUGUAAAAAAAUAUUGUGCAGGACACAAAAUUCAAACAUCAAUAAACCAAUUUUUACAUCCGUGUUCUGUUAGCAUGUCAAGUGUAGAAGGCACAUUGAGCCUGAAUAAUUGUUUUCAGAUUUGUUUGUCUCCAGACAAAGUCUUACAGUGAAUGCUAUUUAUGUAAUUUCCGCUGUGUAUAGCGCCAUAUUUAGACUUUAGACCUCCCUGUCGGAAGAAAUUCCAUUCAUAUGUUCCAUUCAUAUGUUCCAUAUGGGACCAUUUGACUAGUGUAAUGUCCAGAGCAGGCCUCAUGGCUCAUACCUGUUACACCUAUCGGCGUCUCUUGUUUAAUCAUGUGUUAUGACAACACAGACAGUUCUUCUUUUCGGUACCUCCGGUCUGUAUGUCAUGAACCCUUAUUUCCUACCUGAAUCUGUUAUCCAAAUUUUUUUUUUAGGCCUUUAAACCAUUUCCUAUCCUUCUGUAAUAUGGUUAAAAUAUAUGAGAGUGCAGUUUAAAAAGUGUUAUCUGUUCUGCCCCGGCAUUUAGGAACACGGUCAUUCAGUGUCCAGCAAUGUUGUGAUCCACUACUGUGGUCCUGAGUUUAACUUUGACCAGGGUCCUAAAUUCUUGAGCCCAGAAACAAAUUUAUAGGUUGGUAGGCUUUUGAACAAGUUGGCCUACUGGUACCCAAGGGUGUGAGUUCUUGCUGCUCGAAAUGAACAUCAAGCAGCUGGAAUUUUCCAUCUAAGUACCCAGAUAUACAGUAUAACAUUUGUUCUACACAAUAGCUGUAUUUCCAGAUCAUACUGUAUGUGGGUCUAAAACUGCAGCCAUUGACAGACAUAUACACUGACAGAAUCCUACAGGACACAAUCAGAUAUGCCUGCUUGACUUCAAUAUGGAUAUUGGUUGACAUUGAUGUUUUCCAGCAUUUACAUUGGUCAUUAAAAGGCAAAUAAAGAAUAACUAGUCCAUGCAUGGACAACUUUAGGCUUCGUAAUUGCGGUAAGGAACAGUGGUCAGAAUUUUUCCUUUACAUGUAACCUGUUGGUAUAGAAAUAAAGGUGUUGCCAUUGCGGACUAGUUUUUGAAGCUACUUGUUCCAAGACUGUCAUCUUUUUAUUUUUAAUCCUUAGUCGCUGGCCUUGAUCAGUCAUGUGUAGGUGUCUGAUCACUUAUGCAUAUGCCUGUUCUAAGUCAGUGACUAAGUAAUGAAGCCAGGAUACAAAAGACAGCCCUGGAACAUGCACCUUGACAACCCAACUACUUCUAUUCUAGCAGGUUUCUGUAAUGUGUGCUCCAGGGUUGGUGCUAUGUAAAUUGUCACACCUAAUCCACACGGUGACCCAGGAGAAAAACAACCUGCCGAUCAUAUCUGUGUGUAUAUGACUGGACCACAGAACCCACAGCGCUACUUGUCAUACUAGGACAAUGUUUACAUGGAGUUUGUGCUAUAUGUUUAUAUACAGUAACUGAAUUGUACUAUACUGGCUAUGUAAUUUACCACAAUAUUGGAUGAAUAUUGUUGUUGAAAAUUGUCUAAAGUAAUUACUUAAAAAUAACAGGUAUUACUGAUGCCAAUUAUGGAUAGAGAAGAUCUAUGUAAGUGUGAAAAUGUUACGGGUCUAUAGGAUAUGAAAGAUCUUUCAUCUGAAUCUAUUGUGAUUGGUGGAGGGUGAUGGUAUAGCCUGUGGUCUUAUAUUGUACAUUACAUUGAUGGAAAGCUGAUGCUGGCUAUGGUCUUCCUGUCGACCCAGUCUGUAUGUGAAUGCAAUUCACAUACAGCAGAAAGGUCCCUUUUCUAUAGAGAAGGGAAUGGUCAGUACCCUACAGUGCAGUGGUCUCCAAACUGUGGCCCUCUGCUUGCUUUAUCCUGCCCUUCAAUGAUAUUAGACACAGGGCUCCCGCCAAAUACCAAGUGUGGCGAUGGUUACUUUCUGAUGCCAGAAGAAUCCCCACUUCUGCUGGCCACAGUCUGGCCCUCCAAAAGUCUGAAGGACAAUAAACUGGACCUUUGCUUAGAACAUUUGAAGACCCCUGCUAUAGUGCAUUGAUUUUCUAGCAGGUUAGAAAACCAAUAUUAAAUUAUUGAUCGGUUAUUUACACUGAUGCCCUAUACAGCAUAAUAGUUGUCCAGUUGUUGCAAACAUAUUUAUAGUUGCCCAUUUCCUAUUAUGAAGAUCCAUACCUAAAAUGUACUUCACCAGUUCUCUCUCUUUUUUGUGUAACCAUUUGGUACCAAUCGCAACCGAGUCUUCUGACACUUAAAACAAUGAGAUUGACCUAAAAUGUUACAACAGUGCUCCAGUGCAGACUUGUGCAUACCUGCUGCAGUCUUUAAAUGGAACCCUAUGGAGCCCCUUGGAUUCUAGGCCCAUACUGUGCAAAAACACCUUGGCUUUUGCCAGAGCCCCUACUGCCCACUGAAGUUUUGGCAUGUUUAAGGACGGGCCAUUUUCCCUUUACUUGUGUUAAAUCAUCAAAGAAGGGCUACAAAGCAAAUUAGAAUUUUGUCCACAGCGUUUACCAUCGCCCUUUACCUAUUUUCUAGUCUUAGGUGGAAUUUUCUUUAAAAGAUGCUUUUAUAAAGGUCCUUGGGUGGAGUUUAACCUUGGGGCCACACUUCUGAACACUGUGUAGCUUACUAAACUGAAACAGACAGACCGAAGUGCAAUGUAAUUGGUAUUGUUCUGUGAUCUGUGGUAAGAAUUAUUCUCGGAUAGGGAGAUUUUUACAUUAUGCAAUAUCAGAUGCCGUAUAUUAUCCAGAUGAAAAAAAAAACUUUAUCUUAAAAGGGCUUAUAUUAUAGAGUAAUAUAAAUGAUAUGAAACAUAUGCACAUGUAACUAAAUUUACCAAAAACUAUACAUCGGUGGUUUUCUACAAGCUGUGAAUUCACUAAAAUGUAUUUGUUUCCUUUUUUUUUUUUUACUUACAAGAUGUACCGGUAUUUGUUGUAUGAAUAUCAUAAUGGCCAGUUCUCAUUUAAUGGCAGUUCUUCUUCCUUUUUUUUUUUUUAUUACUGUAAGUGUUUUUAUAGACAGAAAAUGGAAUGAAACUUAGAGGUUGGAGCCCAAAAGUGGGCCGUAAAAAAAAUUGGGCGAGAAGUUCUCUGGUCCACAGUAACCACAUUAUUGGUUUCAAAUGAAAGGGAUCUUUUCUGUUUUAGCUAUAGAAUUAUGCUGUCCUCCUAAACCUCUUUAUAAUUAAAAGGUAAUGGUAACA